AUGCUGGGCCGCAGCGGGGGUCUGGGCUGCGCCGUCAGCCCCUGUGCCGCGCUCUGGCCGGGGCUGGCCUCCAUUGCAGGGGUGUCUCGUGGCUGCCCAGUCACCGCGGGCUCUGCUGCUCCAUGUGCCCAGACAGCAUCCGCAGCCGGUGGGCCUGGUGGCCCGGCACUCCCUCCGUGUGGUCGGGGCCCAGCUACUCUCUCUGCUCCUGGAUCUCCUAACAUCCCUGAGAUGAACUGGGCUGGACCAUCUGCCCAGGGCCACUCCUAG